AUGAAGUUUUUAUUUAAACUCCAGAUUUUUAACUCAAUUUGGACCCUGAAGUCACCUUGUAGAUUCUUCAGUUUAUGUUGCCGAGGAUUUGCCUCUCAAAAUAUCUCUGGCUAUGAAUCCCCGAGCCUCUAUAAAGAUUUGCCAGAGCACUUUAAUUUUGCAAGUGAUGUUUUGGACAAGUGGAGUCAAAUGGAAAAGAAUGGAGAGAGAGCCUCCUCCAUCCCAGCCCUCUGGUGGGUAGGUGAUCAAGGCAAUGAGGUAAGGUGGAGUUUUGAGGAGCUGGGAUUUCUAUCCAGGAAAGCAGCCAAUGUACUCUCUGAUGCAUGUGGUCUGAAAAAGGGAGACAGAGUUAUAGUGAUGCUACCCCGGAUACCAGAAUGGUGGUCGAUAACAGUGGGCUGCAUAAGAACAGGAAUUAUCUAUAUUCCAGCAACAACCCAGCUGACAGCUAAUGACAUUUUCUAUAGACUCCAGGCUUCUAAGGCCAAAUGCAUCAUCACCAAUGAUACACUGGCACCUGUAGUGGACUCAGUUGUGUCCAAGUGCCAGUUUCUAAAAAUCAGGCUAAUGGUAUCUGAAGGCAGCAGGAAUGGCUGGCUGGACUUCAAAGAACUCCUCAAAGCUGCAAGUGGUAAUCAUAACCCUGUUAAGACAAAGAGUCAAGAAGCAAUGACUAUCUACUUUACCAGUGGAACCACAGGUUACCCCAAAAUGGUGGAACAUUCUCACAGUAGUUUUGGUAUUGGAAUGACCUCGACUGGAAGGUUUUGGUUGGAUUUGAAUCCCUCUGACAUGUUGUGGGGCCUGUCUGACCCAGGCUGGGUAAAAUUUGCCUUUAGCUGUUUCUUUUCUCCAUGGAUUCAGGGAGCAUGUAUCUUUAUACACAGCAUGCUGCAGUUUGAGGCAACAACCGUCCUGAAUUGUCUGUCCAGAUUUCCUAUAACCUCUCUCUGUGGUACACCAACUGUUUAUCGCAUGCUGGCGCAGCAUGAUCUUACCAGCUACACGUUCAAGAGCCUGAAGCACUGCCUAAGUGGAGGUGAGCCACUCAACCCUGAAGUGAUGGAGAAAUGGAAAAGCAAAACAGGGAUGGAUAUCUAUGAAGGAUACGCCCAGACUGAAACAGUUUUGAUAUGUUCAGUUUGCAAAGGCAUGAAAAUUAAACCUGGUGCUAUGGGAAAGGCAUCUCCACCUUAUGAUGUUCAGGUAAUAGAUGAAAAUGCUAAUAUUCUGCCUCCUGGGAAAGAAGGAGAUAUUGCCAUCAGAAUCAAACCAACAAGGCCAUUUUGUCUUUUCUCUCGCUAUGUGGAUGAUCCAGAGAAAACUGCUGCAUCAGAACGUGGGGAUUUUUAUAUCACAGGAGACAGGGGCAUUGUGGAUGAGGAUGGAUACUUCUGGUUUGUUGGAAGAGCUGAUGAUGUCAUUUUAUCUUCUGGGUAUCGUAUUGGACCUUUUGAAGUAGAAAAUGCCUUGAUGGAGCACCCGGCAGUAGCAGAAGCAGCUGUUGUCAGCAGCCCAGAUCCCAUCAGAGGAGAGGUGGUGAAAGCCUUUGUUAUUCUGUCUCCUGACUUUGCGUCACAUGAUCCAGAAAAAUUAAUUAAGGAGCUGCAAGAGCAUGUCAAAAAAAUGACUGCACCAUACAAGUAUCCCAGAAAGGUGGAAUUUGUUCAACAGCUACCAAAGACAAUCUCUGGGAAAAUCCGAAGGAAGGAAUUAAGGAAGAAAGAGUGGGGGAGAAUUUAGCUUUGUUGUAGAGUUAAGAGCAUACAUUUUCAUUUCUGCCAUAAUCAUUCAUUGCUUCUUCAGGCUAUGGCCUGUUCCCUGUUGAUGUCAGAAGGAGCUAUAUAGUAUUUGUGAUGAAGAAUAGACAUUGUCACUGUUUGCUGUAAUUUGCAAUGUUCUGGGGUCUUGGGAUGGUUGUGAAACGCAGUGGACUUGAUUCUCCUUCCUUUUACACUGAUGUAAAUCAAGAGAAACUUCUUGAAGGCAAUACUGUGAGAGG